GUGGGUCGGAGGUUGCCGAGGCCGGUGUGUCUCCAUGACAACACUAAUAGAGGAACUUGUCUGUGCACAGCGCUACAGAGCGUAAAGAAAAGGAUGGCAGAAACUGGUGAUGGUAAAAAAGAGGAUGCCGACUACAAAAGACUGCAAAGCUUUCCACUCAUCAGGCACACAGAUAUGCCUGAAGAGAUGCGUGUGGAGACGAUGGAGCUUUGCGUCACAGCCUGCGAGAAAUUUGCCUCCAACAAUGAGAGCGCUGCCAAGAUGAUCAAGGAGUCCAUGGAUAAGAAGUUUGGCAGUUCGUGGCAUGUGGUGAUCGGCGAGGGGUUUGGGUUCGAGGUGAGCCAUGAAGUCAGGAACCUGCUCUACAUGUUCUUUGGGGGAAGUCUGGCCGUAUGCGUUUGGAAAUGCUCCUGAUGCUGCUUCCUGCCCACAUAAUCGCCACUGUGAGAUAUUUAUACUCACGGAUCUGUCCUAACUAUGCAGCCCUAUUUGACUUGAGAUGCGUACUGUAUGCGUGUGUGUGUGUGUGUGUGUGUGUGUGUGUGUGUGUGUGUGUGUGUGUGUGUGUGUGUGCGCGAGUGAAAUUGUAUGGCGGGGGGGGGGAUUCAGAUUCUUGUGCACUUCUUCAGAUCACUCUUUUUUUGUCUUACAUUUUAAAGGCUUUAAUUGUUAGCCAUAAACACAGAUUUCAAGGAAUUUUGUUAACUUUUAAAAUCAUUUUAAUCGAACCUAUGGAGUUGAUUGCAACCGACUGCUGGACCUCAUUUAGAAAAUGUUUCUUUUUUUUUCCUCUUCCUGCGCUGUUUACUUUCUUUUAAAAUGUUUGUCUUUUAAUGUGUGCAAUUCAUUAUAGCACGUUAUUCCAAAGAAAACUUUUGCCUUUGUAAUCUUUCAUCAAAAUGUACUCUAAUUUAUGUGAUUUUGAAUCCCUUAUUUUCAAGUUUCUCCUUAUUAAGCAUUCAUCACUGUUGAAUGAAUGAAUGAACUCUGGUUUGUUAAGCUCAUUUUAAUGGCCAGUCAGUUCAAACUGGAUAAAAGUGCAGCCCCACCCUCUUUUUUUAACUAAAUGUUGUUUUUCAUUCAGAAAUUAAUCAUUAUUUUUUCACUGUAAAGUGUACAUUGUGUACAUUAAUCCAAAAAAGCCUUUUCUGACCUCACGUGUGCUAUUGAAUAACAUUUACUAAUAAGCAAAUAGCUAUUUAUUCAUUCAUUCAGGUAUGUAAUGCUCACUUUACACAGUCCUGCUCUUGAUGAUGAAUAUAUCGUUUCAUUUGGGAAUAGACUACUGUUAAAAGGUUUGAGUGCGGAUAUCAUAAGUUCACUAAGGUUGAGAAAAAACGGUCAAAAACACUAAUAUUGGGAAAUAUUACGAUUUUAAAACCAGUGUUUUCUAAUUUGCUGUGAUGUCAGAGUUAAAGUUUGAGCUGUCGUUACAACAGACUUCAUGAUCCUUCAGUAACAAAUCGUUCUAAAAACCUUUUUUGUUUUUUAAUCAAUGUUGAAAACAGAGAAGCUGCAGUAUGUAUUGUCCGUGAUUAUUCGAUGAACAGAAAGUCUAAAAGAAGUGCUUAUUUUAAAUCUUGUGCAAUCUAAUGAAUGUCUAAAUGUGUCCUUGAAGAAUGAAAAUAUGAAUUUCUUAAAAAAAACAACAGCUCAAACCUUUGAACAGUAGUCUUACAUUUCUGAGGUAAAAUGCAUUGUAAGCAGCAAUUUUAAUGAUAAAGAAUGACAAAUAUAAAAAAUGUAAAGAAAGUUUAGGACCUUUACAGUUAAAUGUAGUUGUGUGUCUGUUUGAAUGCAUUUAUGAGUGAAUGUACAGUAAUGUACUGAAGCGUCAGUCUGAUUUUCGCUCUCUUUGAGGCUCUGAGUAUUCUGUUGUAUUUGUCUGGCAGGUUGUCGUAGGAGUGUGUUUGCUGUGUGAGGCUGAUCAGGACAGAAUGUGUGUCGUUGCACUCCAUUUCAUGUGUCAUUUUAAAAAAUGCAUUCACUCUCUCUCUCUUUUUGUCUUUGUCUGUCUCCUUCAUUCUGUUUCCUGUCCAGCAGUGUCUCUCUCAGUGGGCUGCUCGACCACCUGUUUCAGAUUCCUCUUUCUCUUUUAUCGUUCGCUCUCUUUUUUUCCCCCCUAUCCUUUCGCUGUCACCCCAAGAAUCUUACGCCCUGUCCUCUUCCCCCUCUUUACGUAACCAGCAUUUGAAGUGUGUGAUUACUUGAAUGUUAUAUAAAUUUUCAGAACUUGAUUUCUGAAGGUUUCUGUAGUCAUGCAAUAAUACAGCUACUACUUUUUUAUUCAUUUUUUUCGGUACGACAUCUCAGCCCUGAAUUCCAUAAAUGUCAUUAACUGUCAAAAUGUGGUACUGUUUAAAACCUUAAACCUGUUCUAACAGUCUUUAGCUCUAUUUGGAUGGUACAUUAUACAUGCUUAUGUAACGGAAAUGUUUGUAUUUUUAUUAUGGGAGGAAUUUCUGUGCCAUGAGUGUUAUUGAAUGAAAUCAUAUAAAUGGAGGAUGGAAAACUUAAAUUUCCCAUCUUGGUAGCUCCGCCUCCAAACCAUUGUUUCUGUCCAGCUCAGUCAUGCCACUGAUUGCAAUUGUUUAAUGCAGCUAAGGUCCAAGUGCUAAAGUGAACAGUUUACCUUUAAGUGCACAUGAAUGAAACAGAUGCAAAUGUCAUUUAAAUUUUUUUUUUUUUUUUUUUUUUUUUGAGGUCACUGCUAAUUUAAAAGAUUGCUGUUUUGACACUUUUGAUAUAUAAACCUAACUUGCUGCCAAGUUCAUCAGUUUGAUUUCAAAGGAUGUAUGCAAAUAUGUUACAGUCGUCAUCCUGAGAAACGGUUACGAGUACAAACAGUGCUUUUGAUUUCAGCUGAGAUUAAAUGCUGCAAGAUUUUAUCAGAAUGUUCCAUCUUUCUUCCUGCAAUGUUUAAAUGCAGUAAAAACCUUUAAUGACUUUAUUAUGGUAUUUUAUUCAAUUUUCAAUUAUUUUUGUCAACUCUGUGCAAUAAUUGCUCUGUUUAGAUAAAUAAAAAAAUUAUAAAAAAACA